UUCGAACAUCAAAUCUAGACGUGCGUCAACAUUCACAUUAAAUGGCUGAAAUUGUCAGCACCUCAGAUUGAGUGAUCUGCGUUAUAGCAUAUGACGCUAGACAUUUUGCUGGAUUUUGUGCCAUUACUCACGAUAUACUCGUGUGGUUGAAGUGUUCUUGAGCUGAUGCCGAAGAGGGUUGAAGAUGAAAAGAAGAACAAGCUCCUCCUCCACAACUUCCUGGUCUGUGUUGGACAGAAUUGAACAAUUAUUGGUGCGAUUGAGCCUGAAAACUCGUAGUUAUCAGGAUAGUUUCAUCGUCGGACAGGAAGUGUGUUGCUAGUUGGUAGCUAGAUUUCGCAAUGCCCAAGUCCAGAAUCUGAUAAGCGUUUACUAAGCGAGGGUGCUCGCAUCAGAAUUCAGUUGAGCAAGUUGAACGACCAGCGCGGAAGUAUGCAAGCGCAAGUCUAAUGCUGUUACAGAAGUUAACCAUUCCUCGAUGACGUUCUCUUCACAACCGUUGUUGAUCGGAAGCCUAAAGCUGCGUGCGGAUGGAGGCUGGGUGUCUUCUUCGUUGCAGCUAGAUGGCGGCGGGAAAUCAUCUAAAUCACGUUGCCCGCCACAUUUCUGUAGACUUCAUUUCAUUUCAAAACGGCUAGUAUCCGUCGUUUACUUCACAGCGACACUAAUAGUUUGGAGCGCAGCUUCAAUUCGUGCACAGACGUCAGUUGAACAAGGGUUAUCUCUGAAGAGUUUAGCAAAAUCCUGGAACGUUAAAUUUAGUAACUGGGAGUUGAAUCCGGAUCCAUGCGUCGGCCUCUGGUCAGGCGUCACUUGCGAUGCAGCAACGAACAGCAGAAUAUUGUCUUUAAACUUGACAGCAGAGGGCUUAACAGGACCCAUAUCUCCAGCGAUCGGCGAACUUCUAUAUCUGGAUUCGUUAAUCCUCGAGGACAACGUGAUUCGAGAUCCUCUACCUUUGGAAAUUGGUAAACUAGUUCAUUUGAAGGUCUUGAACCUAAACAAAAACAAUCUCACCUCGCCCCCACCAGACGCGAUACUAAAAUGCAACCUGACGCACCUACUGAUGGCAAAGAACAAGAUAAGGGGGCAACUCCCAACGUGGAUUGGCCAGAUUGUGACCCUCAAAAUUCUGGACUUCAACACGAACGAGAUGUGGGGUGGCCUACCCCGAGAGUAUGGAAAUCUGCGGAACCUGGAAGAAAUCAUCAUCGAAUGCUCGACUAGAAGCCUAGAGAUCGACAGGCAACUGUGGGAGAAUGAUCUCACUGGCUUUGUGCCCAUAGAAUGGAGAGGGUUGAUGAAGAUCACUUUUUUUGGAAUGGGCCAUCUAUACAUCACUGGAAAUGUUCCGGAAUGGCUUUUCGAGCUCCCGGAACUAAGAACUGCGCAUUUCAUGCGAAGUCAAUUUAUUGGGCCAAUUCCGAACCUCACGAAGCAAUUGCACAAUGGAAUCGCUAAUGUCACGGACUGGGAUUUUAGUUGCAACUUCCUCACUGGAGAUUAUCCGACUCUGUUUGACAAGUCUCUACCGAUGCCUAAUGCAACAAUAAACUACUACAGCAAUUGCUUCAACAAUGAGACAGACGGGAGUGCAACCAUUAAUUCUAAUGUGAAUGCUACUGAGAAUACUCCGAAGAACUGUAGCAGGACGUAUAACUGCCCAGGAUUUUUCGAGGCAAAGUCAUCAAACUUUGGCAACUGUGCACCUUGUCCGCCUUCUCAGUUCGUCAUAGACACAACUAAUUGCAUAUGCGGGAGAGAGAUGCCAUCAGGAGUAGGAGCAUCGACUUUCCCUGCUGGAAUAGUAGUCGGUGGAGCAAUUGGAGGGCUAGCAGUGGCAGUCUUUGUUGUAUUCUUAAUAUUGAUGUACAGAUGGAAAUACGAAGUUAAGUACCCUCAAUUUGGAAGAAAGUAUGAAGGUAUCGAUGAUCCUUGGAAUGUUCCGCAAGAGUUGCAUAGGUUCACACUAAAUGAACUGGAGAAAGCAACUGAUAAUUUUAGUAACAAGUGUUGCAUUGGAGAGGGUGGAUUUGGCACAGUCUAUCGCGGCAUUUUGGUUAGUGGAAAGGUAAUUGCCGUCAAAUGUGCCUCCAAUGCAAGUGCACAAGGCCAAACAGAGUUCCGCAAUGAACUCAUUCUGCUCAGCCGCCUUCAUCAUCGUCAUCUCUGCCCCCUUGAAGGAUUCUGCGACGAGGACGGAUUGCAGAUUCUGGUGUAUGAGUUCAUGGAGAAUGGCGACCUCCAUGACAACCUGUUCGGGAGGAAGAGCACAUCAACACUAAGUGCAGCACAACGACGCGAAAUUAUAAUUGGUAUAGCACGAGGCCUGGAUCAUCUUCAUUCUUUUGCGAAUCCUCCAGUUAUUCACAGAGAUAUCAAACUAUCGAACGUACUGCUCGAUCAUUACAACGUGGCGAAGCUCGCAGACUUCGGCAUUUCCAAAGUGUCGCCAGAUCUUCACACUCACGUGUCGACUAGACCUCUGGGAACCAUGGGGUACCUGGAUCCCGACUACUUUCGAACCAACCAACUCACCAUAGCAAGCGACGUCUACGCUUUCGGAGUCGUGACCCUGGAGCUAGUCACAGGACAACGCGUAUUCGACAUGAAUCGACUGGAAGCUGUCAAUCUGAACGACUGGGUGAAACUAAGGUUCCAGGAAGAAGGCGUUAGAGCAAUCCUGGACAAGAAACUGGGGGACGAUUACGAUGAGAAGAUGUUCACCGCAUUGACAGAAGUCGGGCUCUCGUGUUCCAUAACCGACAGGCCGGAUCGACCCACCAUGAAGGAGGUUCUGAGUAUUUUGGAGCCGUUAGCAGCGACUUACAAGCCGCCGAAGAAAGAGGAACACAGAUGGUCGACAGAAUACUUCAAGCACAAGUCUCUCUUCAAGGACAAUGACACCGUUGCACGAGGGAAUGUGGAAGCCGGCGAUUCUGGAAGCUGUUCGUUAGAAAAUGGCCGCGGCGGCAGCACCGUGCCCUUCGACAGCUUCACCACCUUGCAUCCUCGAUGAUGAUGAGGUGGCAUCCAUGGCUGCAAAUCCUGCAGGAUUAGGGUAUUUUUUGCUGCAGCUGCAGCAAUUUUUGGGUUCCAUUUCAUGAGCACCUUUUUGUUCUCGCAGGAUGGGGUGGGUGAAUCCGCUCUUCCCGUAAUAAAAUAAUAGUGUUUUUUUCUUUAAGGUGCUAUGAAAUCGAAUAGUGACAUCGUAUUUAGAAGUGUGCUUUGGAAGCCUCUUUUUUUCGGCGUUGAGCUUGUCAGUGCUAAAGACUUUUUACUUUAAACGUCUUUUCAUCUUCUCA